AGCUCCUCCGCGCCUUAAACGCCGAAAUGUCUGCCAAUGGACAAGAACUAGGCACGCUACCCGAAGAACCCGACUACGCUGAUACGGUAUUUAACGAACUAGAAGUGGCAAAUAAAUACGAAAUGUUACGUAAAUUAGAGAAAGACUUGCGCAACGAACAGGAAAUUGUUACCAAAUCAGCGUUGUUAAUGAAAAUGCUUGAGGAUCCAAAUUUACAAACGCUGCCGGUUAUUUAUGUGGAAGAGGAUGAGAAUGAGGAGACAUCAGAAGAAGACGUGGCUACAAACAACAAUAAUUUGGCAUAUCAGUUGGGUGAAGUGGGUGGUCGAGGUGUGGCCAAAC